UGCGGUUACUUUAAGACCGAAUUGCGUGUACCAAAGUUAAGAAAUAGAUGUACCAACGGAUACGUUAAUAAAUCGAUGUAUACUGGAGGAUACGUUAAUGAAUUGAUGUACUGGAAGAUGCGUUAAUAAAUAUAUUAUGUACCCACAUAUAACGCUUAGUCCACUUCAAGUACAGUACUGCUGUUUGAAAACACAAGCUCACCAUCGAAACAAACAACAUGUUGGGGGAUGUUUAACCGCUGAAAAAAUAAUAAGAUGUCGGUGUUACGGUUUGUACAAUUACAUGGGAGAGUUAUACUUCUUUUACUUGUCAUCAUGGUCACGUGGCAGAUUAGGAGUGUUUACAGACAUCAAGAAAUCCACGAUCACAUUAUGAAAAUCAAACAGACCGACAUUAAGGACGUCCCUGGUACUGAUAUUUCUGUUACUCUGAAUGACCGUCAAGGUUGUGUAUGUCAUGAACUUGCGGGUGGUUUUGGAAAUGUGAUGUUUCAGCUGGCAUCCACUUACAGCAUUGCUCGCAGAAGUAAUCUUAAAGUUGUAUUAAAGUGCAUAUGGAUGGAUCAUUUUAAUAAGACUUUUGAAAUACAUGGUUCUUUCUCUACAGACUGGAACUUGUGUAAAUAUGCCAUACCUAUUGCCCCGAAAACAUGUUGUAGUUACGAUCAUAAGCUGGUGAAACUGCGAAGUGAUAAAACAUACAUGCUAAAUAGUUAUCUUCAAAGUCACAUAUAUUUUGACAAUUAUAGAGAGAAAAUUCAAGAACUGUUCACAUUUAAGCCGGAUAUUUUAAAGAAAGCAAAAUCCGUAUUGAAAUUGGCCAUUGAAGAAUUAGAUAUUAAUCCGCCGUACACGUUGAUUGGUGUUCAUAUCCGACGCGGAGAUAUACUGAAAAAGAUUAACAAGGAUGUGGGCUUUAAGGCAGUGACACCAGAAUAUUUGAAAAGAGCUCGUGAAUACAUGGAUUCGAAAUACCAUUCAGGGCAAGUGAUUUAUGUGAUAUGUUCAAAUGACAUUCAGUGGUCGAAAACCCACUUUGGUACCCAUGGAAAUGAAUUCUAUUCUGAGAACAAUGCCGCCAAUGUAGAUUUGGCGAUAUUAAGUUUAACAGGCCAUAUGAUCUUAAGUUCAGGUACUUUUUCAUGGUGGGCCGGGUGGUUUAGCCGAGGCACUGUUGUGUAUUGGAAAGACUUUGCAACUCCAGGAUCACAGUUAUUAAACGGAUUUAGUGCAGACAAAAUGGACUAUUUUUACCCGGAAUGGGUUGGCUUGUAACAUUCAGUAUGCCUGCAUUAAAGUACAAUAAAAUCCGUUUGGCGGUUUGACUAGAUACCCGGUUUAGGUCAGCACCUUAUGUAGCCAUGACAAUUUUGUAAGUGAAAUGGCGAAUUAAAAUAAUAUACACCACAGAAUACUCAAAUAAUAUUUUUUAAAACCAAGAAAAUACGUAAAAGAUACUAAAAAACAACAAAUAUUUAUACCGGGUACAUAGCGGAACCGGAUACCAAGACAAACCGUUAAUCUCCUAUAUCUCGAAUAGACUUAAUAAUUCCGCUAUUGUUAAAAGGGCUACAAUUUAGUGUAUCAUAUACUAUUCAAUCCUAACUACAUUAUUUCCAAAAACGCUUUUCGAGAACAUUAUUUUGAUAGAAACGAUGUUUCGUUUAUCAUUUUAUGUAUCGGAUGUGUU